GCAUAUGAGAAACGUUUUCCUACAUGUCCAGAGAUCCCAGUGUUCCUGGGGAGUGAAAUCCUGCAUGAAUCCAGGAGUGACGAUGGAGCUAUACAUAUCAUCGAACGGAGCUGCAAACUGAACGUAGAUGCUCCCAGGCUGCUAAAGAAGAUUGCAGGGGUAGAAUAUGUUUUCUUCAUCCAGAAAAACACAGUGAACUGGAAAGAGCGAACUCUCCGCAUCGAAGCGCACAAUGAGACUUUUGCCAACCGCGUUGUCGUCCUCGAGACGUGUAGCUACUCAGUUCACCCUGAGAACGAAGAGUGGACUUGCUUUGAACAGUCUGCAUCUCUUGACAUCAAGUCAUUUUUUGGCUUUGAAAGCACAGUAGAAAAAAUUGCCAUGAAGCAGUACACUUCAAACAUCAAGCGGGGCAAAGAAGUGAUUGAACACUAUCUGAAGGAGCUCAUCUCCCAAGGGAUCACCUUCAUCCCUCGCUGGACGCCUCCCCCAGCAUCUGGGCAGAAGGAUGAGCGAGUCCAGGCUGUUGGAUGUGAUGCUGAUGAUAGACCACUUGAGUCUGGGGCUCGUGGAACUACCAAAGAGCAAACUGGCAGCUCCUGCCCUCCAGCAGAAGCUGUCAGCCCUGAUGCUGACAAAUUGGAUGCUGAUUACAUCGAGCGAUAUCUGGGCCAGCUGACUCCCAUGCAAGAGAGUUGCUUGAUCCGCCUUCGCCAGUGGCUUCAAGAAACGCACAAAGGCAAGUCAGAGGCUGGGGAGUGGAAGCUGGAGAAGAUCCCCAAGGAUGAACAUAUCCUUAGAUUUCUGCGGGCUCGUGACUUCAACAUUGAAAAAGCUCGAGAAAUGCUCUGCCAAUCACUGUCUUGGCGAAAGCAGUACCAGGUGGAUUAUAUCCUGCAGUCAUGGAGGCCCCCAGCCCUCCUGGAUGAAUACUACACUGGAGGAUGGCAUUACCAAGACAAAGAUGGACGACCACUCUACAUCCUUCGUCUUGGCCAGAUGGACACAAAAGGUUUGGUGAAAGCCCUGGGAGAGGAAUCACUGCUGCGACAUGUUCUGUCAAUUAACGAGGAAGGACAAAAGAGAUGUGAGGAAAAUACCAACAUCUUUGGCCGCCCCAUCACAUCCUGGACAUGUCUGGUGGACUUGGAAGGGCUAAAUAUGCGGCAUCUCUGGCGGCCUGGAGUUAAGGCCCUGCUUCGGAUAAUUGAGGUUGUAGAGGACAACUACCCUGAAACUCUGGGGAGGCUAUUGAUAGUGCGAGCACCCAGGGUUUUUCCUGUGCUCUGGACUCUGGUCAGUCCCUUUAUCAAUGAGAACACGAGGCAGAAGUUCCUCAUUUACAGUGGGAAUAACUACCAGGGUCCAGGAGGGCUGGUGGACUAUGUGGACAAAGAUGUGAUCCCAGACUUCCUGGGAGGAGACUGCAUGUGUACUGUCCCAGAAGGUGGACUUGUUCCCAAGUCACUAUAUCAAACAGAAGAAGAGACGGAGAACUCGGAUCACAUCCGGUUAUGGACAGAAACUAUCUAUCAUUCUGCAAGUGUCCUCAAAGGAGCUCCACACGAGAUAGUUGUGGAGAUUCUGGAAGGAGAAUCUGUCAUCACCUGGGACUUUGACAUCCUGAAGGGAGAUGUGGUGUUCAGCCUUUUUCACUCCAAACGAGCUCCUGAAACAAGUCAUAAAGAAGCUGCCUUACCAAGUACCUCUGCUGCUGGGGACAAUGUGCAGCUAAUUGAUAAGAUGUGGGUCCUUGGGGUGGAUUACAGCCGUGUGGAAUCUCCACUGGUUUGCCGGGAGGGAGAGAGCAUCCAGGGAUCUCACGUGACUCGCUGGCCUGGCUUUUACAUUCUCCAGUGGAAAAUGCAUGGCCCUCUGCCCUGCUCUAGCACUAGCCUCCCUCGAGUGGACGAUGUUCUUGCCUCUCUGCAAGUUUCCAGUCACAAGUGCAAGCUUAUAUACUACUACGAGGUGCUUGCAUCCAAGGACUUCAGGGGAUCCAUGUCAAGCCUGGAAUCUUGCAACAGCGGUUUUUCUCAGCUGAGUGGAGCCACUACAUCUUCCAGCCAGUCCCAGAGCAGCUCACACCUUUCUAGAUAGCAGGGCUGAGGCUACACUGGCAAGGAAAAAAAAAUCACCUGGAGCUUCCUGGCCCCCCCCAGAGCUGCUCUGUGCACCAAACCAAAGAGCCAACGGGG